AUUCAAGGGGUUCAGGCUCUCUGGGAGGAGGGGGCUGGGGAGCCCUGCUGGGCUUCUGUCUCCUCAGGACAUUCUCCGCUACCGAUUUGGGCUUGCUCUUUUGGAGACCAAACUCAGGCCCACACUUCCCAAGCGAUUCUGCCUGCGCUGGACCGAGGCAGGCGGGCAGUAAGACAGAGAGGGAGCAGCCGCAUCAGUGCCAAGCCCCUAGCUUGUGGGCCGGGGGGCGGCGGGGAUGGGGAUGGGGCCCCCGGACCAGGAAGCGCGCUGGCUUCGGUUCUGGCUGUGCGCCUGGACACUGAUCUCCUGCGCUCAGGCGAAGGGGACCUACUUUCCCCGGCCCGGCCCGGCCGGCGGUCGCCGCUACAACCUGUACACGACGGGAUCCAGCCCGCGGCUCCGCGAGGGGCAGCACAACAUGCUCUGUGCUUAUGUGGUCCAGAAGAACGUGACAUGCAUUUUGCAGGAUGGGGCUGAGAGCUACAUCAAGGCGGAGUAUCACAAGUGCAGCUGGGGCCCCAAAUGCCCAGGAACUGUGGUGUACCGCACCCUCCUUAGACCCAAAUACAAGAUUGGCUACAAGACCAUCACAGAGCUGGCCUGGCGUUGCUGCCAGGGCCUGGCAGGAGACGGCUGCUCUGAUCCUCUCCCUGACUCAGGAACUCUUCUACCUCAGCCACGCCCCCAGACUCCCUCUGGGCAGAAGCCAUUUCCUGGCCCCAGAGUGCCUCCUUAUGCCAGACUGCCCACCAGCCCCUUUCCAGGACCAAAGAGCCAUCCCUAUGGUAGGAAAGGCCCUGGGCUGUUUGGUGAAAGGCUUGCUCGGCUGGAGGGCGAUGUCCAACGCCUCAUGCAGUCCUAUGGUACCCUCAGUGGACUUGUGGCUGGGCUGGGAGACCACUUACAGCUGACUGUUCAUGAGGACAACAGCAGGAUGACCGGAGCCCUGGGAAAUCCCCCCACUGCUCCAGAUGCCUCCGUGGGCUUUGGAAUCAUUCCUGGUGGAGUUGUGGAUCCUGCAGACAAAGCAGGGGGCCCAUUCCCAACACUAGGGGAGAUCCUGACCAAGGUGACAGAGGUAAGUGAUGUCCUCAAGACCAAGACCAGCCUGCUCGAAGAAGUUCACAGCCUGGUCCUGGGUCAUGAUACACAGAUAAAACACCUAUUGGAGGGAUCCCGGCCAUCCCCCCUCACCUCCCUGACCCUGCUGGAGGAAUACAUUGACCAGAGACUGAGCCAUCUCUGGGGUGACCUGCUGGACGGCUUUGAGAAGAAACUGCUCGACCUGCAGACCACGUGUGACUUCCGCAUCAAGGAGAUGCAGCAGCAGUGUGAGGAGGAGAAGGCCACUAGCCUCAGGCUCCAGCAGAGCCUGGAUGGCAAGGAGCUGGAGAUCAAAAAAGAACUCUCACUGCUGGAGACGCAGAUCCAGGGGCUGACGAUGGCGGAGGACUGCUGCAGUCACUUAACUUUUGUCACUGAAAGGAUGGACAUCCUUGAGAAGGGUCUGCACACCCUUGCUGAAGCUCAGAGGAGUGAGGCCUCCCAGUUAGAUGGGGAAAUGAGCCCAAUCUCCACCACCAUCCUGGACAACUUUGUUGACCAGCGGUUAGAAAACCUGGAGGCCAGGCUUAAUGCUACAGAGGGAGGGGCGGGUGGCUGUUGCCAAGAUCUAGAAGAAAGCAUGAAGGGCUUGGUAGGCUCUGAGCUAGACGGCAUCAGAACCACCAUGGAGGAUAGAAUGCAGACCAUAGAGGAUCGGUUCAUGACCAUUGUAGGUGAGUUGGGAAACACCAGCACCCUGCGAUCUAUGGAAGGUGCCACCCUGCCCUUGGUGGGGAUGGAUUUGGCCAACACCCGGCAGCAGACCAUCCGGGAGCUGGCUGUGGUGGAGAGCAGGCUCACCUCUCUGGAGAGCUCAUGUUCUGCUGGCUCCGCAUCUAAAGAUAUGGAGACCCUCACCACAGAAGUCAAAGAAUGUCAGAGCAAGAGCAGAGCCCUGUUGCUCCAGGUUGACAGCAAUGCCGACCUCCUUCAGAAGCUCAAUGCCACUGUCUCUGAAAUCCAGAGACAGCUGGAGGAAGCAGUGACCAACUCUCUCCAAGGAGAAAUUACUCUGCUCAAGAUUAACCUUAACACUGUCAGCAAAUCCCUCACUGGCCUCAAAGACUCAGUCAGUCAGUACUCAGACACUGUCUUGUACGUCAACUCCUCACUGGAUGAACGGGAGCGGAGAGUGGAGGAUGAGGUCCACUCAAUCCAAGCCAAGGUGAAUGAUCAGGGAUCCAGGCUUCUGGUGAAUAACAAGCAGGUCAUGAACCUCAAGGGGGACUUGGAGAGGUUCAAAGCCAGGAUUGCUGGUGACCUGAGCAGUUGCCAAGAGGCAGCGAGGAAAGUGCAGCAGGAGGUGGGCCACUUUGAGCAGCGGGUGGCCCAGGUAGAGAACACAUGUGGGAAGCUUGGCCUUCUCACUGGAGGCCUGGACGGUCUUCAGGAUGAGGUCCUGAGACGGGUAGGGGGGUUGUGGGGUCACAUGGACCACCUGAACAGAACCUUGGCUGCCCAUUCCCAGGAAAUCAUCAGCCUUCGGGAUGGCCUCAUGGACUACCAGGCCAAAGUGGCCGAACUGUCUGAGCACAUCGGGCCUCUGCCCAUGCCUGGAGAGCAGCAGGAGAACUAGACAAAACUGAUACAGGAAGGAUCAAGCUUGGCUUGAGCCCCUUGAGGUUGGGUCUCUUUUCUGCCGCCAAAAGUCACCCCACCCCCUACCCCCAUAUUGAAAAACCAUUCUGGGGAACUUCCAGGAUAAUUCCCAUCAUCUCAACUCAUUAUCACAUGGCUCAUGAAGCCAUCUUGUCAAAAUACAACAUGCACCAGCCAUUCUCGAACUAGAAAAUCUAGGAGUGUCGUGGAUGUUAGUUGUUAUGCCUGGAAGAAGGGGAUUGGACUCUGCAGCCUCCUUCAGGCUUUUUCAACCACACCAGGCUCACAGGACUCUAGCCACUAAGCCCCAGACAUUCAUGUUCACUUAGGCAAUGACUCUGUUAGGUUUUAUCUCCGUCACCAGGAUGAGCUAGCCUCUCCCAAGACUUCCAUUCUCCUUUGUUCCAUGGAAACCAGAUUCCUUCUGCUUUUCCCAUCCUCAUCCCAUCCAUGUCUCUUCUUCAGGCCUCCCUCAGACUUUGUUCUCAGCAGAAUCUCCAAGGUCUCCAUGCCUGGGUAGCUGAGAGUGAAAACUUUUCCUCCUGGGACUCCUCUUUCCCAUUCAUGGCAGCUUUGUAUCUCUAUGAGGAGCCUCCAUUUCUAGGCAUGAGGACGCUAAGUGCUCGGACUGACUGGGAAAACCCAGGGGAGAUUCAACAUAGAGACAGCCAAGUUCUUCCUUAAGGGCCUCCUCCUCCUCUGAGGGGAGGGUGUAGGCAUCUGCUUUCUUCCAAAGGGGAAGGGAAGCAGUCCCUUGAAGAAAAGAAUGAAGGUAGCAUUCAACAGUGGAAGUUCCUAAAGAUACCAGAGCUUGUGAGACUGUUUCCCCCUCAUAUCCAUUUCCAUCCCAUGAAGGAAAGGACCUUCCACUAAGCAUGGCCCCUGGGGAAGCUGGGAUUUUGGCCAGGCCUGUGGUGUCAUGAAGAGAACCUAAGAUUUGGAGUCAGGAUGUGGGGUGAAACCCCAGCUUGACUAUUUACUACCUGUGUGACUUUGGACAAGUCAGGAUCCUUGGGCCUCAGUUUCCUCAUCUGUAAAAUGGGGGAGGGGGUUGGAGAUGAUCUUGAAAAUCCCCUUUCACCUCUAAGACCUAUGAUCCUGUCUUGUUCUUUGUCUCCAUUCAUAAGAUUCCUAUUGAAGCAGGAAUUCUCAAUCUAACAGGUGGAGUCUCAGCAAAACAGAGCCAUUUUUAAGAACAACCAGGGUGAAACUGUGCAGAUCCUAAUGUCCAGCCAGCCAGCCACCCAAAGGCCUGCUUGGUGGGACAUCCAGGCAUGAAGCCAACCCUAAGCUGAUGAGCAGCAGCUUGGAAUCGAUGGUGCUAAUCUGGCCUCUCAAAAGGCCAUUUGGGAAAGGCUCCCUGCCUGGCUCCACCUGCUCAGGGACAGGGGCCACUUAGAACCUCGACUUCCUCUAGGAAGUAAAGUGGGUUCCAGCCCACUCAGGACAGAACUAGGGUGUUGGGAGAACUUGAUCCCAGCACACAGUGGGUCUCACUAGAGUAUGGGUCUUUUCCAGAUCAGGCAGAGGUGGGGGAGAAAUGAAGCCCACCCCUUCCAUGUAGAAGAUCCUGUUAGGUCUCCCUUGUUUUCUUUUGAUAUUGUGUGUUCCAUCUGGAUUUGAAACUGUUUGUUGUGUUUGGGGAGGGCAGGAAAUGGAUUAAAGCUUCUUGCCAGU